AUGCAUGUUGGCGUGCGAGCUCCACAGCGCUACGAUCUGACCAAGUUUGCGCUGGACCAAUUUAAUCUCCCACGCAUGAAGGAUAUGUUGACGAGCUCAAGGGAAAGUACGAGGAGGCAGGCAGAGACGGUUCAGGGCUGGGAUACAGGUAUGACUACCGGCAGCUGGGCAAUAAAGUCGUACUCAAUUAUUAUGUAUGACUACAAAUGGAAAUAUUUAUGCCCGGCGGCAAUGCUGACUGAUGAUGUCCAUAAAAUUACCUACAUGGCGAGUAUAUCUUAUGGAAAGACGGAAGGUCUACUGUUGAAGUCGUUCACAUUGCUGCUUUCGUUUUCAGCGUUCCGCACAUUGAAGGAUGCGUUGAGAACGUUUGCGUAA